AGCUUGGACAUCCAAAUCCCUCAAACCUUCUGCAGGCUCUUUGCUCCAGUGACGAAUUCAACUGCACUCCUCGGUAGACUGGUUUUGGACUCGAUGCUGCUAGUGGCACCGCAGAAUUGGCGCAGGCUGUCUUGUACAACCCUUCCAGAAUGAGUGCCUUGGUUACCUUCCUUCAAAUAUGACAGCGCCCUCUGGCAGAGGUAUGGAUAAUCCCUGUUCAGAUGAACUACAGGCUGCUGGUGCAGAGCAGCCUCGGUCUGAUGCUUCUCUUAAGUAUCUUGUUGCCCAUCACUUCGAUACUGAUUUCGGAGGAGAUCCCGUCGAGUGUCAGGUCGGACAUACGGCGGAAAAUGGCUGAGAAAAGACCAAGAGCUGAGCAAGGAAGCCAGCCAGGCUUCUCACUGACGACUAACCCCUACGUUAUCAAGCAUAGCAGUUGGCUGUUCAUGACUUUAUCGCCCUAUUGUACUGUUCCAAAGGAUGUCGUGAUUAGUUAGGAUCCCUCAUGUGAACGGAUUCCCCGUGACAGAUGGCUACCAGAGGAGCAGAAUUCUAGAAUGGCCCGAUAUCCACCAAAUGUUCAAUUAGAGUGAGAUGAAGAACCUUGGAAGUCUAAUGUUUGGGCCAGAAAUACAGUGACCUAGAUUCGUAUACUAACGUUAAC